GACGGACAGAGAGACAGAGACGGACAAACAAAGCUAUAGACACACUGAGUACUGCUGGAUCUGGUUCUGAGGUUCUGCUCAGAGGUCUGGAUCAUGAUGGAACCAACAUCAAAACCUGCUGCUGUUCUGCUGCUGUUUCUCCUGCACAGCUGUGUAGCAAACCAUGUUUUUCUCAACAGCCACCUCGCAUCACAGGUUUUGGUCCGGAACAGACGAGCCAAUCAGAUGUUUGAGGAGCUGAAAGCAGGGAACCUGGAGAGAGAGUGUGUGGAGGAAAUCUGCGACCACGAAGAAGCCAGAGAGGUGUUUGAGCAGCCAGAUAAAACAGAAAAAUUCUGGAACAAAUACCUCGACUGUAAAGGAACUCGGAUGUCAAGAACAGCAAAAAACAUCAAUCUCAUCAGAACAUGCAUAGAAGGUCAGUGUAUUUCUGGUCAGGGUAAUGGUGUGAACUACGAAGGAGACAUCAGCAUCACGCAGUCGGGCAGAGUGUGUCAACACUGGAGGCACAGCUUUCCACAUCCUAUCUUUAGAGAGUAUAACGCUUCAGAGCCAGGCAGCAAUUUGAAGGAGAAUUUCUGCAGAAACCCUGACCGUCGUCCAGAAGGACCCUGGUGUUUUACCAAAGACCCAUCUGUCCAGAAAGAAACCUGCAGAGUACCAAUAUGUGGUGAAAACUUUGUCCCACCCACUGUGGCCACGAAACCACACAAACCUAUAGUGUGCUUGCCCAAUAAUGGUAUAGAAUAUAAUGGGGACCUAAGUGUUACCAUAGGAGGUCACACCUGCCUGCCAUGGUCAUUACCGGAGGUAAAAACCCUCAGUCAGGACAAAGAGUUCAUCCCUGAAGUUCAGCUACAGACCAACAAGUGCCGAAAUCCUGACGGUGACUUUGAGGGCCCCUGGUGCUAUGUCAGGAUUGCUGGAAAUAUAACAAUGGACUACUGUGACCUGCAGCUAUGUGAUGACCCGCUAUUAGGGCCUGAGCAAACAACUGUGACCGAAGGCAGGGAGCGCUCCGUCUUAGGUCAGGCCAGGAAAAACCUUUUCAGUCCUCGCACAUUUGGACAAGGAGAGGAUGAUUGUGGACAGCGUCCCCUGUUUGAAAAGAUAAGCAAAACAGAUCAAAAAGAAGCAGAGCUUUUGGAGUCAUACGCAGGGGCUCGUAUCGUUGGGGGUGAUGACGCUGAAGUGGGCUCAGCUCCAUGGCAGGUGAUGCUGUACAAGCGUAGCCCACAGGAGUUAUUGUGUGGAGCCAGUCUGAUCAGUGAUCAGUGGAUCCUCACUGCAGCUCACUGCAUCCUUUACCCACCCUGGAACAAGAACUUCACCAUCAAUGAUAUACUGGUCCGCCUGGGAAAACACAACAGAGCCCAGUUUGAGCGUAACAUUGAGAAGAUUGUGGCAAUUGAUGAAAUCAUUGUCCACCCCAAGUACAACUGGAAGGAAAACCUGAACCGUGACAUCGCUCUGCUGCACAUGAGAAGGCCGGUCAUAUUCACUGAUAAGAUCCAUCCUAUCUGCCUGCCCAGCAAGACGGUCGCCAAGUUUCUGAUGUCUGAAGGCUUUAAGGGCCGAGUUACCGGGUGGGGGAACCUGAAGGAAAGCUGGAACCCUGCAGUGAGAAAUUUACCAUCAGUCCUUCAGCAAAUCCACCUACCGAUAGUGGACCCGAACAUCUGCCGCAGCUCCACUUCAGUCAAGAUCACAGACAACAUGUUCUGUGCUGGUUAUAAACCAGACGAUAACAAUCGUGGAGACGCCUGUGAGGGAGACAGCGGUGGACCUUUUGUAAUGAAGUACCCGGCAGAGAACCGCUGGUAUCAGAUUGGCAUCGUGUCAUGGGGAGAGGGCUGCGAUCGCGACGGGAAGUACGGCUUCUACACUCACCUGUUCAGGAUGACCAGGUGGAUAGGCAAAGUUAUUGAAAAGAUGGGAGGAAGCGAUGAUGAGUAAACACAAGUACUCGAUCAACGUCAAUCACUUCACAUUCAUCCCUGUUAAGCAACAUGGCCCCAAUAAAGAUUGUCAUCGCAUUGUA